AUGGAGUCAUGGCCGCCUGGCGGCUCUGGGCCCGCGGAGGCCGGGCCUCGCUUGCGCGGCUUGCGCGGCGCCGACCUGGCGGCCUCGGCCUCCUUGCUGAGCAGGGCCGGGGCCGAAGCCGGGUGCAGCGCGCCGGCCGUGGCGGCCGUUUUGCCGGCGGGGGGGAGCGGGGAGAGGAUGGGCGUCUCCACCCCGAAGCAGUUCUGCCCCAUCCUGGAGAGGCCGCUCAUCAGCUACACCCUGCAGGCCCUGGAGAGAGUAUCUUGGAUAAAGGACAUUGUUGUGGCAGUAACUGGAGAGCACAUGGAAGCAAUGAAGUGUAUUAUUCAGAGGUACCAGCAUAAAGGCAUCUCUCUGGUUGAAUCUGGAGUGACCCGCCACAGGUCAAUUUUCAAUGGACUAAAAGCACUGGCAGAGGAUCAGCCCAACUGUAGACUCUCAAAGCCAGAAGUAGUGAUUAUCCAUGAUGCUGUGAGACCAUUUGUUGAAGAAGAUGUCCUCCUUAAAGUCGUCACAGCUGCUAAGGAACAUGGGGCUGCAGGAGCAAUCCGACCUCUUGUAUCUACUGUCAUCAGUCCAUCUGUAGAUGGCUGUUUAGACCACUCACUGGAACGUGCGAGACACAGGGCAAGUGAAAUGCCACAGGCCUUUCUAUUUGAUGUGAUCUAUGAAGCGUAUCAGCAGUGUAGUGACUAUGACUUGGAAUUUGGAACUGAGUGUUUGCAUUUGGCUCUAAAAUACUGUCACAUCAAAGCUAAACUUAUAGAAGGAUCUCCUGACCUCUGGAAGGUGACCUACAAACGAGAUCUGUAUGCAGCUGAAUCGAUUAUUAAGGAAAGAAUUUCACAACAAAUUUGUGUAGUUACGGACGCAAAGGAAGAUGAAGAACAUGUAGGUCAUCGUCUUGAAGAAAUGCUAAAAAAUGAAUUAAAUCAUGUAAAAGUCACAUCUGGCAGAGAUCUUCAGCAAAUCAUCUUAGAGAAAUGCUACAAUUUUGUUUGUGUGAAUGUUAUGACCUCUGAUUUUGAAGAAACCCAGCAAUUACUGAAUAUGCUUGAAGAGAGUAAUCUUUCCAUUUUAUAUCCUGUUGUUGUUAUUUCAGUGCAAUUUCUUGAUUAUGAAUCAGUACCAUUUGGUCAGAAAAUGGAAAACCUAAUGCAGAUUAGAGAAUUUGCUAAGGAAGUGAAAAAAACAAAUAUUUUAUUAUAUGGCCUUCUCAUAUAUUACCCACAGGAUGAACAGAAGCUACAGGAAAGUUUAAGGCAAGGUGCCACCAUUAUUGCUGCCUUAAUCAAAGAAAGAAAUUCCGGACUCAUUGGCCAACUAUUGGUAGCAUAAAGAACAUGAAGAAAAUUACCUACUGUGUUCUUAGAAACAUUGACCUAAUUUCCAUACGAGGAAUAUAUGUCCCCUUCAUGACUUUGGGAUUCAUCCUGUGACCUGCUUUGACCAACAGAGUGAGUCACAAGUGGCAGUACACCGCUGAGACUAUGCUUAAGAGACCCUGCAUGUUGCUGCUUGCUCUCUCCCACUUCUGCCACCACCAUGAUGUACACACUCCACCUGACCUGCUGCCUCCAAAAGGAAAACAAGAGCCGGGAUCACCUGACCUCCAGCUAAUUAACAAAUGGAUGCAGAAGCCCAGCUGAGAUCAGCAGGGUCUCCAGCAGACAGGAACUGCAAUAGAAACUGGUACAUAGUGUCGGGUUGAGUUUCCUGAUUGUGGCAGGAGUGGCCAAGGCCUGAUGGAUCCCCUCUGCAGUGGUUGGGAGUCACUCCUCCAGGCCCACUUGGAGCCUCCUCUGCUGUCUUGCCCAGAUUGGCCCUCAACGGGGGACUGAGUUUUGAUCACUGAAUGGGAGUAGACCUUCUGAUUGAGCUAUAUUUGAAGACUCAAGGUGAGGUAGAUGGUAUCUCCCCCUUUGGCAGAUGAGGAACCUAACGCACUGGAAAUUUAAAUGAUUUGCCCGAAGUCACAUAGGAGUAGCAUCCUUAUGAGAAGAGGAGGAGAUUAUAGGAAUACACGUGCACAGAGGAAAGGCCAUUGUGAGAACACAGCAAGAAGGCAGCCAUCUGUAAGCCAAGAAGAGAGGCCUCAGGAGAAAUCAACUCUGCCACCCCCUUGAUCUUGGACUUGCAGCCUGCAGAACUGUCUCCAAAGGGAGGAAUGCUUCCAUCAGUAAACACAGCAUUGGAAGAGAAGGUGCCCACCUGACCACUUUGGGCUCCUCAUGCCUCGGAAUCAACAGGCAAAUAAGGGAGUUACUACGUUGACUAGGGGGACUGAUCCUGACUGCCAAAAGGAAAUUGGACUGCUACUAUAAAAUGGAGUUAAGAAAAUGAAAAGGCAAAAAACAGCCUGGUAGAAACUCUUCACAACACGUAUCAGACAAAAGGAUCCUCUCCCUCUGGCUUCCAUCCCAUGAAGCCUCUCAGCCUAAUGAGGCUUGCUCUACUUCCCCUCUGCUCAUCCAGCACUUAAUCUUGAGAAUUCCUGGAGCCAGAAGGUAAAGGAUGUUUCCAAAUUCAGAACUCCUCCUUUGAGAUAAAUGUCGAGAGUCCUUAGUGCUCUGACCAAACGCUUUCAGGUUCUCACCACUUCAGGCACAUGUUGGAUGCGCUUGCAGGCACCUGUUUGUGGUUGUGGAGGCCACGAGACCAGUAAUGACAGAUGAAUUAUAAUUAUACGUGAUAUGUGUAACUCUGGAGAUCUGAGUACCUAUCUGUAACUUCAAGAUGAUUUUCAGGACUUCCCGUGUGGCGCAGUGGUUAAGAAUCUGCCGGCCAAUUCCGGCGGCCUGGGUCUGAGCCCUGGUCCAGGAGGAUCCCACAUGCCGCGGAGCAACUAAGCCCAAGUGCCACAACUACUGAGCCUGCGCUCUAUAGCCCGUGAGCCACAACUACUGAGCCCGCGAGCCACAGCUACUGAAACCCGUGUGCCUAGAACCCGCGCUCCACCACCUCAAGGAGAAGCCUGCGCACCGCAAUGAAGACCCAAUGCAGCCAUAAAUGAAUAAAUA